AUGUAUACCAACUGCUCGACCACUAUAUGGAAAGUUCACUGCAAACUUCGGGGUAAAGUUGUGUGGAUUACCGGAGCCUCCAGUGGUAUCGGAGAGUCAUUGGCGUAUGAAUUGGCGGCAAAUGGCGUAAAACUAGCCAUUUCUGGAACCAAUGAGUCCCGACUCCAAGAAGUUAAGAAAAAAUGCAUUCUUAUGAAUAACUUAAAAGAAGACGAUAUUCUGGUCCUUAGUUUUAAUGUCACAGAUCUUAAUGAACACCAAAAGCAAUUCAAUUCACUCAUAUCUCACUUUAAAACGGGUUACUUUGAGAGCGUUAGGUCUGAGAUUAGAUCAAAGGGCAUAUCAGUGACAAUGUUAUGUCCCGGACCCGUAGUAUCGAGAAUUGUGGACAAUGUGUUGACUGAAAAUAAAGGCGUUAAAUACGAGCCCAAAGACAAUAGUUUUGUUAAACAGAUGGAGACGUCUCGUUGCGCUUACCUUUCGGGUAUAGCCAUUGCCAACCAAUUGGAUGAAUUUGAUGACCACUUUUCGAGUAUUACGUUCUAG